UUGAAGUGAAAAUUGAGGUUGUGAUACCCGAGAAGGAGAGAAGCAAGGAGGAGAUGUCGCCCAAUGGGAAAGCCAGUCCCUUGAUCUACAAAGUCAAUGGGACUGCCCGGCAUUAUCAUCUCGAGGAACAUCCCAUUGCGAGCAAUCCCUAUCACAACCCAAAGGAUGUGGUGGAAGCAUCCGUGUGUCAUGUGAAGGACCUGGAGAAUGGACAGAUGCGGGAAGUGGACCUGGGCUGUGGGAAGGCUCUGCUCAUCAAGGAGAGCGGUGAGUUCCACGCCGUGGGACACAAGUGCCCCCAUUAUGGGGCCCCCCUUGUCAAAGGGGUUUUGUCCAAAGGAAGAGUUCGCUGUCCCUGGCAUGGAGCUUGCUUCAACAUUGCCACAGGAGACAUAGAGGACUUUCCUGGCUUGGACAGCUUACCCAGGUUCCAGGUGAAGAUUGAGAAGGAGAAAGUGUACAUCCGGGCAAGCAAGCAGGCUCUUCAGGCACAGAGGAGGACAAAGAUGAUGGCGAAGUGCAUCUCCUUGAGCAACUAUAACCUGAGCAGUACCAACGUUCUGAUCAUCGGUGCAGGUAUCGGGUGGCAUGUGCUGGGACUACUGCAUGUGUCCUCUCCCAG